UAGUUCAUUUUUUCUGUUGUUGUUCUCUUGAAUGGAGAAGCUGAUUGAAGCAUCCGAUCUUCGAUUCAAAACCCUAAAGGCCUAAACCCCCGGAUAAAGCUCUCGCCCUUGAACCUGAACCGGCAUGGCCUGCAAUGGCGCCAGCUGCCAAUCCAAUUGCUACAGAGACGAGGACGAGCCCUCAGCUAAGCCGGACGACGUCCGCUCAGCCGCCGCCGCCGCCGACGAGGGCACCGGGGCCGUCUGCGUCAAGUGCAAGGCCAACGAGCCGAUUGCCGCCGCGGCCGCCGCCGACGGGCGGUUCUGCGCCGACUGCUUCCGGAGCAACCUGUUCGGCAAGUUCAGGCACGCCGUCGCCUCCAACGCCAUGAUCUCCCCCGCGGACAACGUUCUCGUCGCCUUCUCCGGUGGCCAUGCCUCCAGGGUGGCUUUGCAGUUUGUGCAUGAUAUGCAAUCCAAGGCACAGAAGAACUUUGAUGCGAGUAGGGAUCUGGAUAGAUCGUUGCCGGUGUUUGGUGUUGGGGUUGCUUUCAUCGAUGAAAGCGCUGCUUGUCUGAUUCCGUCCAGUGAAAUGGAUGGAGUACUUAGAGAUAUCAAGUUAAUGGUAUCACAACUAUCCCCACCACAUAAAGAGCUGCAUAUCUUUCCUGUAGAAAGUGUCUAUUCUGAAGGUUCAAGAGACAGCAGGGACCGGUUAAAGGAGCUACUAGAUAGAGUUAGUGAUGCUACUGGGAAAGAAGAUCUCCUGGCGCACCUGAGAAUGUUGGCCUUGCAAAAGAUUGCCUCCAGUUAUGGAUACAAUAGAAUCUUGUUGGGAUCGUGCACUUCAAGAAUUGCUAGCCAUGUUCUCUCUGCCACCGUGAAGGGCCAGGGCUAUUCAUUACCUGCAGAUAUACAGUACGUUGAUGCUAGGUGGGGGGUUCCUUUAGUGUUUCCACUUCAUGAUUGUCUUGCGCAGGAGCUCCGCAUGCUAUGCCAUCUAGAUGGCCUUAAGACUGCAGAGUUGCCUAAUGGACCAUGCUCCAGCAUCAACAGCUUGGUGUCAUCAUUCGUAGCUUUACUUCAGGAAGAAAAUCCUUCUCGUGAGUGCACAAUUGUGAGAACCGCUGGAAAGCUCACCCCAUUUCACUUUAAUAGGAUUCCAGAGAUUAAUGAUAGUAAUGUUCCUUUGGCGACCCGACGACGCCAGAAGAGGUCCAAUCUCAAGCUUAAUGGAUCCAUAUCCUCGGAAUCUUUUUGUCCCAUAUGCUACAGCCCACUAAGCAAAUCUGACUUGCUGGCUUUAGGCAGUCUCGAGACUCAACAAUCAGCCUCUGAUGUUUUUGGUGCUGCCUGCUGUUCGAGUUGUCAGUUCCAAAUACUUCCUCGGGAUGCCUCUGAUAUAGAGCAGUUCUAUUCACAUUUGCCUGAGGCACUGGUUUCCCGAGCAAAGCAAACCAAUAAAUAUGAUUUUGGCUCACUAAGGGAGCAAAUACAGGAUUACUUGCUUUCAGACAGUGAGACUGACCCUUGAAGUCUUAUACUGUUAAUAGCCCUGUUAUGGCGUCAAUUUUGAUAGCAUCAUUCUUUCGAGCAGGAGUUCAUCGCUGUUCUUGGACCUCUCACAUUUAAAUGCAUUGCUCAGUUUUACAGAUAACCUGUGCUCGAGCAACUGUGCAGAGGCGAUACCCUGAAAUAGGUUCUCAUUUGCUAGGCGGCUCUGGGACAUUUAUCCAUUAUCAAGUUUCGACCUCUGCAGAAAAUUUUGGCUGCCUGUAAAACAAGGGAAAUUUUUUUAUUAGUAUUUAAAUAUCAUUUUCUUGUUUUCUUUUUGUUCUAAAAUGUUUUUGUUCUUGAAUUAUGUAUGGGUAGAUUAUAUUUAGAAUCCCGUGCACCUUCAUGUGAGUGCUUAAAUUA